AAUAUAUCUACUCUCAUUUGAGCACCGGAAGUGAAUGUGAUCAGCGUUUGAAGUCUUCCAUAAUUUUGUUACAUUGAUGAACUUCGUUUAUGCAGCUCGAGAAGGCUCUGCAUGAAAUACAUAAUGAGCAGGACCGAAUAAAGCUUGAUUCCGAGAAGAAGUUGGCUCAAGCGAGUGCUUUGACUACUGGAAUUGAGGAUAGAUCCUCGGAGGUGAAAGAGAAGCUGCAUGAGGUUGAUGCCAAGCUUGCAGAGGUCAGCAGAAAAAGUUCACAAUUGGGCUUGAAGAUGCAAGAGGUGGAGGCACGCGAAAGUGUACUUCAAAGGGAGCGCUUGUCUUUGAAAACUGAGCAAGAAGCACACAAGGCCACAUUUUAUAAACAGAGAGAAGAUUUACGAGAGUGGGAAAAAAAGUUGCAGGAAAGGGAAAAGAAGCUGUGUGAGGAUAGGAGAAUCCUUAACGAGAAGGAGGAAAAGGGCAAUGAAAUUGACCAACUUCUUAGGCAGAAGGAGAGGGAUAGCGAAGAAGCUUAUAGAAACAUGGAGUCAUCCAAAUCAAUGUUGUCUGAGAAAGAGAAACAUAUAAAUCAAAGUUUAGUGGACUUGGCUGCAAAAGAAAAGGAAGUACAGUCAGAAGAAAGCAUUAUAAGAUCAAAAGAGGAAAGGCUACUUGCAUUGGAGAACAAGCUGAAUCUGAGAGAAAGUGUGAAUUGAAUGCAUAAUCUUUCUCUAGAAAUUACUGUUGUAUUACGUAUUUUCAAAAGUUUUCGAAGAUGGACUUGGAUUUGAUAAUUUUUCUUUGUGAUCAUUAUUUUGUAUGUCAAGGUGAAUGGUAUUCAUACUUCAUUCAUUUUCU